ACCUCGAUGACCUCGGAAUUAGAAUACGUAAAGGCGUGUUAUGGGUAACCUGUGUGAUUAUUCCAGAAAGAUCUGCGAACUAAAGGCACUUUCAGAUAUUUACUGGCUAAUUUUACUUCAACGCUAAGAAUCUCUAGUUCCGUUUUUUAGUGUAAGCACCAAAUGGUAAGCUAAAGUUUUCAAGAGGAUUAAAAAAUAUCGUCGAGGACAAAGCAUUUGUACAAAUAAGAAACCAGAAAAAGUACAGUGGGAUUCGAGACAUAUUUCAAGAUGGCCGCUUGUCGAUUCGACUGGGAAAUCUUUGGAAAGGUGCUCUGUAUCUUGCUUCUGUUGCUUCAAGGAGGAGUCUUGGAUUACUAUUUAGUAACAGAAAGCAAAACUUCGUCGUACCUUGGUUUCAUAACGACAGAUAUCGUGGUCCUCAUCGUAUGGCUUAUCGUAGUGUUCAUAGCCAAAGUUCACUGCAACAUUUGGAUGAAAUUUCGGCAUCCCAAUUGUCCUAAAUUUACGAUGCGUUGGAAAGCUAGAAGAAAUGUUAACCAAAUAGACGGUCGUUACCGUGAAGACUACCCAGAUGAGUUGCCCUACGCGUUUGUUGCUUGGCUUGCCUAUACAAGCAUCACUCUUGUUCCUGAAGUCGCAGUGAUCUUCAAGAAUUAUGCAGACGACCUUGAAGAUGUGAAAGUAUAUGGUCAAAAUAUUCUCAAGAUUGCAUUGUGUAUAACCCCAAUAUUGUUUCUGCUGCUAGUAAACUCACAUCAUAAUGCUCAUCCACACUCAAGCAGAAAAUGGUAUGUCGACAAACUGACAGGAGGCGUGACCCUUGAUUUGAUUGACAGCAUCGAUUUGAUGGAUAUUUUGUUUUUAAAUGACUUUAAAAUUAACUUGCCUGCCCAUCUUGAAAAUGCCAUCAUUGCAUUUGCUUGCAUUAAUUUCUUUCUCCCAACUCUUGCACUUCUUGAGCUCAGCGUCAACAAAUUUGAUGGCCAAGUGCGACCAGUUUCAUUCCAGGUUCUCUACUCACUGAGCUAUAUUUUAUUGGUCAACGUGCCAUUUUCUAUCAUAAGGUUGAUUCUUUGGUUCGAGUACAACCAGGAUGUGUCUGUGUUUAUAGCCAAGAAUAUCAUCAUGACAUUCAUAUAUAUAAUGGAUAUUCGUGAGUCCCUUGGCCCAUCAAAGCCAAAGAAAUGUCCUACCUGUGGUAAGCUUUUUCUUCCAUCUUGCCUUGAUCACCAUAGAACCCAGUGUCAUUUAUCAGACAUACUUGAAGCACAAGCAGAAGUCAGAGACAAUGAAAUGCAGCCAGUGUGAUUUUGAUUGAUAGUGCAUGUGGGUGUGGGUACUUUGAAACUUUAAAUAUCAACUACUUAUGGCUCUUUGCAGCUCGCAGUUAUGUGUUGACAUGUAAAUUCAAUAUCAAUUGAAUUCAAAUAACUUUAUAAUGGUAUUCUAUUUCUAAAGAUCAACAGCGAAUUAAAAGGUUAUUAAAAAUUAUAGCAAUGAUUUUCAAAAGCGCUUUCCCCAGUGUCAUAAUAAUGAUGAAUUAGAUGUUCUUUAAGAAAAUAAUUUUAAAUUUUAUAACAUCUAAGUUGCCGUCACAUGACUGUUGCUAUAGUGUCAUGACUGUUAGCUGCAAGGGGUCUAAUGUUUGAUUGUGUAUAGAUAAGAAUAGGUUGAACAGUCCAGUACUCUCCCAUCUCACUCCAUAUGGUUCUAAGAUAUAGGACACUUACAUGGUUCUAAGAUAUAGGACAAAAGGUAUUUCUCACAUGUUGAGGUACCAUCCACGAAAGAGAAUGGGAAGACUUUACCACAUGGUCCAGAUAGACCAUCAUAAUUUAAUUAAGCAACUCUCAUUCUUGAGCUCCAUAACACAAGGAAUAUAUCAGUCUUGGUCUGAGAAAAAAAAGAAUUGAAUGGGAAUAGACUGUGAGCACAAUAUUUUCCCUAUUGAGACUGGUUUCUUCAGAUCACAUAGCAUAUUUCCCUAGAGAAUAAUAUUCUUAGCUUGAGUUGUAUCCAUAUUCAUAUGUUUCACAUGUGCAAUAAUCGUUAAACAAAGAAAUAAUACUUGAGAAAGUAACAUGUGGUUUGAAAUGGGAAAACAUUACGAGGAUGAGAGGUCUAAUUGUUUUAGUGUAAAAAAACUAGUUGGACAGUAUUCUUGGCUAUCAUGGGAUGUCAUCAAAAAACUAAAAUUCUAAGUAAUCACUCAACGAAAAUGUUUGUUGAAUAUGUUGUCUAUACCKUUAUAAGAAUAGCUUUACCAAAAUAAUUUUGUAUUUUUAGUGUUUGAUUUUCGAAUUAUUAGCAGUCACAUUCUGUCACGCAAUUCUGUCAUGCAUUUUCAAAGCAUUAGAAAUAGGUAACUUUGAUUGGAAUAAUAUUUUUUUAACUGAGUAAAUGAUUGUUAACUUUAUUUUGAUGAUUAUUGCUCUAAAAAUAUGGAAGUGGUUGCAAUAAAAAAAUGAUUUUCGACCUUCAUGAUUUGGCUGUCAUCUUUGUGCCCCUCAGUAGGACACAAAGAUGGUGGACCCAUACAUUUCAACUAAAUUGUGAGUAUAAUCAAUCUCUGCAUCAAAGACUUCUUUUAGCUAGAACUUUGGCUGAAAUACAAAGUUUUCGUUGCUCUUUCGGUCAAUGGAAGUUUUGUUCAGAAUAAGUCUUGGAAAUUUUUUUAAUGACGUAGAUUGACAGAAAGAAAUUGUCUUGAAUUGGAUUUUAUUAUAAUUUUGAAACCAAGUAUUUUUUUCCAUGGAGUAUGAGUAAUCGUUGUUAUUAGAGGAGAGCCUCUAUUGAAAAUAAAUAUAUUGCUGGUAGCUUUUCCAAUCAGAGUGCAGCUUAGUCCACUAGUUUGCUUAUACAGAAAUCUAAUAGAGUGAUUUGACUUGGCCUGUGAAAAAGUACUAAGUAAAAUGAAAAGUAGAUUUUUUUUAAUGAAAAGGAGUAGAUACUCUGUUAAUAUACAACAGUCUUUCAUAUGCCAAGUGAAACCACACUAAUGUAAAUAGAUAUAAACUAAAGAGAACAUAAUAUUAAGCUUAUUUUUGCAUUCCAAGUUAUUUUUUUUAUAAGCUGUUAAAAGCUGUAUUAGCCAUUUUGAGUUUGAGGGGAAAAUCUUGGUCGAGUUGACUUUUCAGUGCAUUGUGGAAUUAUUUUAGGGAGACAUUUCCAAGAUGGCGUCUAUUUCGUCCCCUAAAUCAGUCCAGCAGUGCACAAGAAUGCCACUAGGUCACUUGCAUUAUAGCAUCAUUUACUACCACUUCCAGACUCCCUUGCACACUUUCUUUUGUUGAUUUAAUUAGCAGCAAUUGUCUUACCAUCGACUGUUUCGUUUUCUCACUGGACUCUGAAGAUGACUUCCGCUCAGGUCGUCGAAACGUCGGUCAUUAACAACAGUCUUUCUCAAGACUACACUCAACCGGACGAUCACACUUCACAACAAAUAUCAACAAGGAAAUACAAAUUUGAAUUAGAGAAAAUUCGUGAAGCAAUUUGGUAGUGGUAGUAAGAUGACGUCACCAAGUAUUUUUCUAUACUGUUAGCCUUUCCUCGUUGCAGCAUGGGUCUGCUUUAGGGGGACGCUUUUUAAAUUAUUUAUGUGCGKUUUUUUUCGCUUGCYGAUAGUCUGUACAAGUUCUUUAAUCGAAGCAAAUAAAUGGUAAAUAGAGUAUCAUGAUUUAGUGAUUGAUGAGGUUCUCAGGCCAAACCUUUAUGAAGCAGAACUGGGCCCUGACAUGCGCGCAACUUGAAUAACCACAAUUCAAUGCGCACUAGAUAGAAAAUUUUCUAUAUUAAAGAAAUAGAAAACGCGCGCGUGUACUGUGUGCUGUUAUAAAGCACGCCAAGGGAGCACAUUAAAAUGUUGUUUGCGUAAGGAAA